AUGUUAGUUCGGGUGAGUCGCGCGCGGGCAGAUAUGCACCUGCGCACGUUCAUUUGUCUGCUUUUUCUGGCAACUCGAAGAUUUUCUUCUGGCCAAAUCAUAGGAUGCCCUAGAGGCCAGUGGCAGUGUGAUGAUGGACAUUGCAUCACUGAUGCAUGGAGAUGUGAUGGGCAGGGAGACUGUCUGGAUGGAUCUGAUGAAAUGGACUGUGAAGCCUCCGGAGGCUUUGGUUGCCCUCCAGGUCAAUUUGCUUGUGAGGACUCUGUUGGCUGUGUGGAUGUGUCUGCACGCUGCGAUGGAAGGAGCCAGUGUCCCACUGGGUCUGAUGAGGAGAACUGUCUGGCCACAGAGGGCUGCCUGGAUUCAGAAUGGAUGUGUCGAAACCACGUUUGUAUCCCCACAGAGCUGCGCUGCAACAGAAAAAACGACUGUUUGGACAACUCUGAUGAACAGGACUGUGGUACGUGCAGUGCAGAGGGUGUACGUUGUCCUGAUGGGACGUGUCUAUCACCUGAAGAGCGAUGUGAUGGACAGAUUCAUUGUUCUGAUGGUAGUGAUGAACCCAUAACGUGUGGCCGGAUCUGCUCCAUGAACAAUGGCGGUUGCAGCCAUGUGUGCACUGAUGAAGUAUGGGGCGCUCGGUGUUCCUGUCCAGUUGGACUUAAACUCUCUCCUAAUGGUGCUGUGUGUGAAGAUUUGGAUGAGUGUGCUUCACCUUUUCCACCAUGUGUGCAUCACUGUGCAAACACUGUUGGGUCUUUCUAUUGCCACUGCAGAGUGGGUUUUAAACUGGUGGGAAGCUCCAAGUGUCGCGCCUCAGGAAAUGCUACCCGUUUGCUGACGGUGCAGAAAAAUGCAGUCGGACUGCUGAAUGUAAAAUCUCAGCAUUUUAAAAUCAUCAAGGCCUCGGUGUUUGACCCAGUGGCCUUAGCUUAUGACAUCACUAGAGGAUACUACUACUGGGCAGACAGGGGUGGGAAUAUUUUUAAAAGUAACGGGCAGCAAAGCUGGACAACCUUUUCAGGAGAGCCUGGAAUCAAAGGUCUAGCCUGUGAUUGGCUAAAUGGAUACCUGUUCUGGACCAAUCAGAAGACUCGGUCAAUCUACAUGCAGUCAGCUGAUGGAGCGAGUUACACAACACUGCUGAAUAAAAACAUCAGCCCUUCAGAUCUGGUGGUGUUACCUGUUGAGAGCUCCAUGUUCUGGAUCAACGUUGGUCCAGGGGACAGAGUGACAUUAGAGAAGUCAUGGAUGGACGGAUCGGACAGAGGAACGCUGGCUGUCCUCACUGCACAGGUUGCCCACAGCCUGACGGCUGACGUCGCUGCCAGGAGGCUUUACUGGAUCAGUGGCUUCAAGAGGUCCAUAGAGACGGUGAAGGUGGAUGGGACCGGCCGUUUCUCCUUCACAGGGAUGUUCAACAGGAGGCCCGCACGGAGCCUAGCUGUGUUUGAAAGUGUGUUCUACUGGGUGGACGACAAAGGACUUUGGCAAGUUCCACAAAGCCAGCUAAGUCAGAGGAAGUUCAUCUGGAGAACCGAGCUGCCUCAGUUGGUUGUCUACCAUGAGCUCCAGCAACCUAAAGGGUCGUCUGUCUGUGCCGAGAUGUCGUGCGACCUCUGCCAGUUGACCAAAAGCAACUCAGUAGGCUUCACCUGUGCCUGUCCGUACUUCAAAGUGCUGUUGCCUGACGGGAUGUGUGAAUUUCCACGAUUUUUAUACACUACAAUCACAACCAUCAACUUGCUGGAGUUUAGAGGCAGCGAGUCGCGUGAAACGCAGCUGUUUACCACCGACGAAGGAAUCCUGUCUUUUGAUGUGGACUGGUACAGAGACUGGCUCUACUGGGCCAAUCAAACGGGCCACAUCCAACGCUCCAGUCUGACGCAGGACAAGGUGGAGCUCAUCCCAGCGCCACUUCCAGUUUGUCUGAUAAAUGUGGACCAGAGGAAUGGAAACCUCUUUUGGGUGUCGUGUGACCAGAACUCCAUUGGCACCAUCACAGCUGGCAGUAACUACCCACAGCAGCUUUACCGCACCACAAAGGAGAUCCGCAGCCUCUAUCUGGACUGGCUUCGUGGUGGGAUGUUCUGGCUGGAAGAUAAGCGGAUCUUUAGCAUGGACUUGGCAGAAGGAAAAGCUAAGGAGCUGCUGGAAAUGACAGGAGGUGUUGGUAACCUAGCUUUUGACCUCAGGGCCAGCAGUCUUCUCUGGAACUCCAAAAGAGCAGGCCUGACAACUCUGAGUUUGCUGAAGGAGAGAAGCCAUCAAGCAGGAAGAAGGUGGAACAUUUCAGGCUCUGUCGUAGCUGCUUUUGAGCCCUUCCUUUUGUCAUAUUCUAAUGAGGUCAUCACGCUCUGGGAUCUGCGUGAUGGGACCAAAAUUGCAUCUGUGACUGUGAGGGGUUACGUGUUGAAUGUGAUCGUUGCGCUUGGAGACAUUCAGAUAGAGCCUGAAACUCCAGAGUGCAACGCUCCAUCUUUAUUGUGCCGGCGUUCCUCAAUCUGCAUCCUACAAACCCAGUUCUGUGAUGGGAAGAGGGACUGCCCAGAUGGAGAUGAUGAGGACUUUUGUGUUGUCACAUGUUCAUCUAAAGAUGAGUUUAAGUGCAAAGACAGCAGAAGCUGCAUCCCCAUAAGACUGGUUUGUGACGGCCGUUCUCACUGCCACGAUGGCUCCGAUGAGGCCAGCUGUCCAACGGAAGCGGCUCCGUUAACUCGCUCAAACCACCUGAAAUGUCGCAGCGGCUCUAAGCUAUGUGCAGAUGGCACGGAGUGUGUGCUGUACAGCCAUGUGUGUGACGGAGAGAUGGACUGUCAGGAUGGAUCUGAUGAAGUGGGAUGUGAUGAACCUAAGGAGAACGUGGAUAAGUCGGGUGGCACAUCACCUACUACUCCACCUCCUGCUGCAACUCUACCAGCCUGCCUCAGCCCGUCUGUCCUCUGCCCUUCUGCACACAUUUGCAUUUCUCCAGACAAGUUCUGCAAUGGGAUUAAAGACUGUCCUGAUGGAUUUGAUGAAAAGAACUGCAUCAAAAGUUGUCCCUUAAAAAAUGAUUUUCUCUGCAAAGACCGUCUAAGUUGUCUUUCCAAGAGUUUAGUCUGUGACGGUCGCUCUCACUGCAGCGAUGGUUCAGAUGAAGUGAACUGUCCAAACUUGGUCCCAAACGCUCCUCGGAGGAACACAAAGUGUCCCUUUGGCUCUAAACUGUGUCGAGACGGCAUCGGCUGUGUCCUCCUGGGUCACCUUUGUGAUGGACAGAGAGACUGUCCUGAUGGAUCUGAUGAAGAAUGUGGACAGAAUCUAUCAAAAGCUGAAGAGAUCCUGACAACCAUUCCUCCCACCACUCCACCGUGCACCAGCCCUUCAGUCCUGUGUCCAGGUUCUUCUGUUUGCAUCAAGCAGACACAGAUGUGCGACAGAAAGAGGGACUGUCCUGAUGGCUUUGAUGAGAAAUGUAUCAAAAGAUGUCCCUCUGCAACUGAUUUUCGCUGUAAAGACCGCCGGAGCUGCGUUCCAAGGAGUCAGGUGUGUGACGGCCGCUCUCACUGCCACGACGGAUCAGACGAGUUCAACUGCCAGAGCCCCGCUGCUCCUGAAACUCCAACCAAAAUCCUGAAGUGUCGAUUUGGUUCCAAAUCGUGUCGAGACGGGACAGGAUGUGUCCUCCUGAGUCACGUUUGUGACGGAGAGAGAGACUGUCCUGAUGGAUCUGAUGAAGAAGGAUGUGAUGAUGCAGCCGUUGAGCCAGCUAUUUCUGGAGAAAAUCAGAGCUCGACUAAAGCUCCUGCACUGACUGAAAAGUUACCCGAGCCUCCCACCACUCCACCGUGCACCAGCCCUUCAGUCCUAUGUCCAAGUUCUUCUGUUUGCAUCAAGCAGACACAGAUGUGCGACGGAAAGAGGGACUGUCCUGAUGGCUUUGACGAGAAAUGUAUCAAAAGAUGUCCCUCUGCAACUGAAUUUCGUUGUAAAGACCGCCGGAGCUGCGUCCAAAGGAGUCAGGUGUGUGACGGCCGCUCUCACUGCCACGACGGAUCAGACGAGUUCAACUGUCAGAGCCCUGCUGCUCCUGAAACUCCAACCAAAAUCCUGAAGUGUAGAUUUGGCUCCAAAUCGUGUCGAGACGGGGCAGGAUGUGUCCUCCUGAGUCACGUGUGUGAUGGAGAGAGAGACUGUCCUGAUGGAUCUGAUGAAGAAGGAUGUGAUGAUGCAGACAAUGAGCCAGCUAUUUCUGGAGAAAAUCAGAGCUUGACUAAAGCUCCUGCACUGACUGAAAAGUUACCCGAGCCGCCCACCACUCCACCGUGCACCAGCCCUUCAGUCCUGUGUCCAGGUUCUUCUGUUUGCAUCAAGCAGACACAGAUGUGCGACGGAAAGAGGGACUGUCCUGAUGGCUUUGAUGAGAAAUGCAUCAAAAGAUGUCCCUCUGCAACCGAUUUUCGUUGUAAAGACCGCCGGAGCUGCGUCCAAAAGAGUCAUGUGUGUGACGGCCGGUCUCACUGCCACGACGGAUCAGACGAGUUAAACUGCCGGAGCCCCGCUGCUCCUGAAACUCCAACCAAAAUCCUGAAGUGUCGAUUUGGCUCCAAAUCGUGUCGAGACGGGACAGGAUGUGUCCUCCUGAGUCACGUGUGUGAUGGAGAGAGAGACUGUCCUGAUGGAUCUGAUGAAGAAGAAUGUGAUGAUGCAGUGGGGAGUUCAGAGAACACUGUGGAAACUAAGGACAUAAAUGAGUCUCCUACACUGACUGAGAGGUUACCUGAACCUCCCACCACUCUACCGUGCACCAGCCCUUCAGUCCUGUGUCCAGGUUCUUCUGUUUGCAUCAAGCAGACACAGAUGUGCGAUGGAAAGAGGGACUGUCCUGAUGGCUUUGAUGAGAAAUGUAUCAAAAGAUGUCCCUCUGCAACUGAUUUUCGCUGUAAAGACCGCCGGAGCUGCGUCCAAAAGAGUCAGGUGUGUGACGGCCGCUCUCACUGCCACGACGGAUCAGACGAGUUCAACUGUCAGAGCCCCGCUGCUCCUGAAACUCCAACCAAAAUCCUGAAGUGUCGAUUUGGCUCCAAAUCGUGUCGAGACGGGACAGGAUGUGUCCUCCUGAGUCACGUUUGUGAUGGAGAGAGAGACUGUCCUGAUGGAUCUGAUGAAGAAGAAUGUGCAGAGGGUGUUUCCACAAGUUCUGUAGACAAAGGCUACUUAAAUGAGUCUCUCGCGUCCUUGAAGCUGUUCACUGAACCUCCCACCACUCCACCGUGCACCAGCCCUUCUGUCCUGUGUCCAGGUACUUCUAUUUGCAUCAAGCAGACACAGAUGUGUGACAAAAGGAGAGACUGUCCUGAUGGCUUUGAUGAAAAGUGUGUGAAGAGAUGUCCCUCUGCGGCUCAUUUUCGCUGUAAAGACCGUCGGAGCUGCGUUCCGAGGAGUCAGGUGUGUGACGGCCGCUCUCACUGCCACGACGGAUCAGACGAGUUAAACUGCCGGAGCCCCGCUGCUCCUGAAACUCCAACCAAAAUCCUGAAGUGUAGAUUUGGCUCCAAAUCGUGUCGAGACGGGACAGGAUGUGUCCUCCUGAGUCACGUUUGUGAUGGAGAGAGAGACUGUCCUGAUGGAUCUGAUGAAGAAGAAUGUGAUGAUGCAGUGAGGAGUUCAGACAACACUGUGGAAACCAAGGACAUAAAUGAGUCUCCUACACUGACUGAGAGGUUACCUGAACCUCCCACCACUCCACCGUGCACCAGCCCUUCAGUCCUGUGCCCAGGUUCUUCUGUUUGCAUCAAGCAGACACAGAUGUGCGACAGAAAACGAGACUGUCCUGAUGGCUUUGAUGAGAAGUGUGUGAGGAGAUGUCCCUCUGCAACCGAUUUUCGCUGUAAAGACCGCCGAAGCUGUGUUCCCAGGAGGCACGUGUGUGACGGUCGCUCUCAUUGCCAUGAUGGGUCAGAUGAGGCAGACUGUCCAAACGUAGCUCUCCCUGCAGCCCGGAACAAUGUCCUGAAAUGUCGAACGGGUGCCAAACCUUGCCGUGACGGGACGGAAUGCGUCCUCUUCAGCCAUGUCUGUGAUGGAGAAAGAGACUGUCAAGAUGGCUCCGACGAAGACGACUGCGAGACGACUGAAUCGCCCGCCCUCACCAGCUCGCCCUGCAGCUUUCCUUCCGUUCAGUGUCCAAGUUCAACUGUUUGCAUCGACCCAUCACAGUUGUGUGACGGAGUCAGAAACUGCCCUGAUGGAUCAGAUGAGAUAUGCGUGAAAAGAUGUGCUGACAAAACCGACUUUCUCUGCAAGGACCGUAGAAGUUGUGUGUCCAGGACUCUGGUUUGUGACGGCCGUUCUCACUGCUCCGAUGCUUCUGAUGAGGCAAACUGUGCCAGAGUGACCCCCCCGCCUUCACGG